CGUGCAUCCGUCCACGAGGGCAGAACAGGUAGGAGACACAAACGAAAAUGCUGCGCCGCGCCGCCCACCGCCUCGCCUCCCGCGCCGCCGCCACGGGCGGCGCUGGCUCCGUCGCCCGCAGGACCCUGGCCGCGGCGGAGGUGCCCGUGCAGGCGCCCGCGGACUCCGCGUUCGUGGGAAUCGCCGCCAACAAGGAGGUUGAGCAUUUGAAUUAUCUAUCAAGGCCACAGCCUACUCGUUCUAUCACAUGUGCCAGACUGUAUCCUGCUGGCAGAUCAUUCAGCACCCAGGCUGCUAGUACAUCAAGCACACCACAGCCUCCACCACCACCACCACCUCCAGAGAAGACUCACUUUGGUGAUCUUAAAGAUGAAGAUCGCAUUUUUACCAACCUCUAUGGUCUGCAUGAUCCUUUUCUGAAAGGUGCAAUGAAGAGGGGUGACUGGUAUAGAACCAAGGACUUAGUGAUUAAAGGGGCGGAUUGGAUAGUGAAUGAAAUGAAGAAAUCAGGUUUGCGAGGCCGUGGAGGCGCAGGUUUUCCUUCAGGCCUCAAAUGGUCCUUCAUGCCCAAGGUCUCUGAUGGACGCCCAUCUUAUCUUGUUGUUAAUGCUGAUGAGAGUGAGCCAGGAACUUGUAAAGACAGGGAAAUCAUGCGCCAUGACCCCCACAAGCUUCUGGAAGGGUGCCUGAUUGCUGGAGUUGGAAUGAGGGCAUCAGCCGCUUACAUAUAUAUUAGAGGUGAAUAUGUGAAUGAGCGUCUCAACCUUGAGAAAGCCCGACUGGAAGCAUAUGCAUCUGGACUUCUUGGUAAGAAUGCUUGUGGAUCUGGUUAUGAUUUUGAUGUGCAUAUACAUUUUGGUGCUGGUGCCUACAUCUGCGGUGAAGAGACUGCCCUACUCGAGAGCCUUGAAGGCAAGCAGGGAAAACCAAGACUGAAGCCGCCUUUCCCUGCCAAUGCUGGGCUGUAUGGUUGCCCCACAACUGUCACGAAUGUUGAAACUGUUGCUGUAGCUCCAACAAUUCUUAGGCGUGGCCCAGAAUGGUUUGCAAGUUUUGGACGUAAGAACAACUCAGGGACAAAACUGUACUGUAUCUCAGGCCAUGUCAACAAACCUUGCACCGUGGAGGAGGAAAUGAGCAUACCUCUGAAGGAAUUGAUCGAGAAGCAUUGUGGAGGUGUAAGAGGAGGAUGGGACAACCUGCUUGCAGUUAUUCCUGGUGGUUCAUCUGUUCCCCUGUUACCAAAGCACAUAUGUGAUGAUGUGUUGAUGGACUAUGACGCCCUAAAGGCUGUCCAAUCUGGAUUAGGGACUGCAGCAGUUAUGGUGAUGGACAAAUCCACGGAUGUUGUUGAUGCAAUCGCUAGACUGUCAUACUUCUACAAGCAUGAGAGCUGUGGGCAGUGCACACCUUGCCGUGAAGGCACAGGAUGGCUUUGGAUGAUCAUGGAGAGGCUCAAGGUAGGCAAUGCCAAGCUAGAGGAGAUCGAUAUGCUUCAGGAGGUCACAAAGCAGAUUGAAGGGCAUACGAUCUGUGCCCUUGGGGAUGCUGCAGCAUGGCCUGUGCAGGGUCUUAUCAGGCACUUCAGGCCUGAGCUGGAAAGGAGGAUCCGCGACCGAGCUGAUAGGGAGCUGCUGACAGCAGCUUCUGCAUAAGCACCAUUGCACACCUGUUCUAGUUUCCUGAUUUCUUUCACAGAAAUAAUCCAAACUGAUGGAGCUCAUUUCUGUACAACGAGAUGCAGCAUCCUGAUUUGUUUAAACCUUUAUGUGGAUGUUUAUUUGAUGCGCUGAAGCAGCUGGUGUAUUUUGAUGGACAAGCGACACUUUUGAAGUAGAAACAAAUAUGAAGGUUUGUACCCUGUAUGUUACAUAAGCCUGCUUGUUUCUGAUGAAUGUUAAGUAAGAUUGUCUCCUAAGUUCUCCAGAAUCUGAGUAAAUUUGUUGAAAAUAUACUACCAUGUUUGGCCAA